CAGGUGGGCGGGGCCUCGGCUCAUCCCGCGGCGCUCUUAACCCCGCACCACAGCCGCUGCCGCCGCCGGGAUAGCUGGGGCCUGAUCCCGCUGAGCCGCAGCCGCAGCCUGCGUCCCGCGUUCCCACCGCGCCGCCGCCCGCCAGUGCGUCCCCCGCGUGCCCACGUGCCCGCGUCCUCCCAACGCCGCCGCCGCCGCCGUUGCCGCCGCCCCCCGGCCGGAGGUGAUGGUCGAAGCAUGCGGCGGCUGCGGCGCGGGGCAUUCGCGGCUCUGCUGCUCCUGCCGCUGCUGCUGCUGCCCUCGCCCGGGCUCGGGGCGAGCGGUCCCGGCGCGGCGCUGCGCUGGGGGAGUCCGGGGAGCCCCGCUGCUGCUGAGGUCACCGAGCCCAGUCGGCUGGUUGGGGGAAGCUCUGGGGGCGAGGUGCGGAGGCAGCAGCUGGACACGCGCGUCCGCAGGGAGCCGCCCGGUGGUCAGCCGGCCCACCUGGCCCAGGUGAGCUUUGUUAUCCCUGCAUUCAACUCCAACUUCACCCUGGAUCUGGAGCUGAACCAUCACCUGCUGUCCUCACAGUAUGUGGAGCGACACUUCAGCCCGGAGGGGGCAGCACAACACAGUACAGGCGCUGGAGACCACUGCUACUACCAGGGCAAGCUCCGGGGCAACCCCCAUUCCUUCGCCGCUCUGUCCACCUGCCAGGGGCUGCAUGGGGUCUUUUCUGACGGGAACUCGACCUUCAUUGUGGAGCCCCAGGUGCUGGCUGGGCCUAAGGCGCCCCCCCAGGGACCCCUCCCCCACCUUGUUUAUCGGACUCCUCUCCUCCCAGUCCCCCUUGGAUGCAGAGAGCCAGGCUGCCUGUUUGCUUCCCGCUCUGUCCCUCCAAGCCGGCCGAGGCUGAGAAGGAAAAGGCAGGUCCGGAGGGGCCACCCCACUGUCCACAGCGAGACCAAGUAUGUGGAGCUCAUUGUGAUCAACGACCACCAGCUGUUUGAGCAGAUGCGGCAGUCAGUGGUUCUCACCAGUAACUUUGCCAAGUCCGUGGUGAACCUGGCAGAUGUGAUAUACAAGGAGCAGCUCAACACCCGCAUUGUGCUGGUUGCCAUGGAAACCUGGGCUGAUGGGGACAAGAUCCAGGUGCAGGAUGACCUUCUGGAGACCCUGGCCCGGCUCAUGGUCUACCGACGGGAGGGUCUGCCUGAGCCCAGUGACGCUACCCACCUCUUCUCGGGUCGAACCUUCCAGAGCUCCAGCAGUGGGGCAGCCUAUGUAGGGGGCAUCUGCUCGCUGUCCCGGGGAGGUGGCGUGAACGAGUAUGGCAACAUGGGGGCCAUGGCAGUGACAUUGGCGCAGACCCUGGGGCAGAACCUGGGCAUGAUGUGGAACCAGCAUCGGAGUGCAGCAGGUGACUGCAGGUGUCCUGAUGUCUGGCUGGGCUGCAUCAUGGAGGACACUGGGUUCUACCUGCCCCGCAAGUUUUCCCGCUGCAGCAUUGAUGAAUAUACACAGUUCCUGCAGGAGGGCGGCGGGAGCUGCCUCUUCAACAAGCCGCUCAAGCUUCUGGACCCGCCCGAGUGCGGGAAUGGCUUCGUGGAGGCGGGAGAGGAGUGCGACUGCGGCUCAGUGCAGGAGUGCAGCCGAGCCGGCGGCAGCUGCUGCAAGAAGUGCACGCUGACGCACGACGCCAUGUGCAGCGACGGGCUUUGCUGUCGCCGCUGCAAGUAUGAGCCGCGGGGCGUUUCCUGCCGCGAGGCCGUGAACGAAUGCGACAUCGCGGAGACUUGCACCGGGGACUCGAGCCAGUGUCCCCCCAAUCUGCACAAGCUGGACGGCUACGCCUGCGACCAAGAGCAGGGUCGCUGCUACGGAGGCCGCUGUAGAACCCGGGACCGGCAGUGCCAGGCCCUGUGGGGUCGCGCGGCCGCAGACCGCUUCUGCUACGAGAAGCUGAACGUGGAGGGCACGGAGCGCGGGAACUGCGGGCGCAAGGGCUCUAGCUGGGUGCAGUGCAACAAGCAGGACGUGCUAUGCGGUUUCCUGCUCUGCAUCAACGUCUCCGGGGCUCCUCGGCUGGGCGAACUGGGGGGAGACAUCAGCAGCGUCACCUUCUACCACCAGGGCAAGGAGCUGGACUGCAGGGGCGGCCACGUGCAGCUGGCCGACGGCUCUGACUUGAGCUACGUGGAGGACGGUACGGCCUGCGGGCCCAACAUGCUGUGCUUGGGCCACCGCUGCCUGCCAGCCUCAGCUUUCAACUUCAGCACCUGCCCAGGCAGCGGGGAGCGCCGGGUCUGCUCACACCAUGGGGUCUGCAGCAACGAGGGCAAGUGCAUCUGCCAGCCUGAUUGGACAGGCAAGGACUGCAGCGUUCACAACCCACUGCCCACAUCCCCACCCACCGGGGAGACAGAGCGGUACAAAGGUCCCAGUGGCACCAACAUCAUCAUCGGCUCCAUUGCUGGGGCUGUCUUGGUCGCAGCCAUCGUCUUGGGCGGCACAGGCUGGGGAUUCAAAAACAUCCGCCGAGGAAGGUCGGGAGGGGCCUAAGCGCCUCCUUCCCCGCUGCCGGCCGCGGGGCGGCGCCCUGCACGCGUCUGCCGUCCCUGCGCACGCUGCUCGGCUGCUGCGCGCUGCCUGCCUCGGCGGCCUCGCGCAGGCCUGUGUGAAUGUAGCUUUGCCCUGCGCGGUGUGGCCUUGUCCCUGGGAACCCGAGCCGCCUCCUUCUGAUCUGAUGAAUGUAACUCGGGGGCGGGCCGGGCCGGGAGGGCGCCGCCGCACCGAGGGCCUGGCGCUGCCGCCUGCACUGGGCUCCACCUGCCCGGAGGAGUCAAACCAAAGCUGCCUUUGGUCCCAGGUGUAGGGCUGAGCCCCAGGCCGUCGUCAGCUUUGAUGACCCCAGCCCCGCCUGGACUCGGGCUUGGGUCUGCAGAUAAAAUGGUGCCCCCUGUCGAGGAAGGGUGAUUCCAGGCUGACCCGAGGGCGGUGCCCGGGAAGGACCCUCCAGUCAGUGAGGUGAGCCCAGGACGGGCCUCACAGACAACCCCAGCCCUCUUCCACUUGAUGCCCCUUUCCACGUCCCCCAAGUCCCUGCCGCCCCGCCUGGAGAGAAGCCGCCGGUUGGUUUCCUGUUCCCGGGUCAGCUUGGGGUUUCAGGGGUCUCUGCGGAGGCAGUGCAGAGAAGGAUGCACUGGAGAGUGUGGGCACCCAUGGGGCCCACACUGCCCUCAAGAAGAACUGCGUGGGGAUCAGGUGGGGGCAGGAAGGAUGCAGACUUCCUGUGUUCCUUACCUUGGCUCCCAGCCGCAGUGUCCUGCCACCUGCCAGCACCCGGGAGGAGGGGUCAUAGUGCUACCCAGGCCCUGCACAGAUGUCACUGGGGCAGGGAUUAAAGGUCAUAUUCAGGCUCUGCGGAGCCCAUACCA